AAGAGACUUAAGCUCUGGGGAAAAGCUGCUAAUGUUAAAAUAACUUAUUUUUUAUUUAUUUAUUUUUUGCCUGAAGCUUGCGAGGUAGCUGGUGGAAUGAGAAGAUGAAUUCAAUGAAGAGGCCUGGCACAGCUCUAUCAUUUGUGACAGAGUUUGAGGGAUCUGGACAGAUAAACCCAAGUCCUGCCACAAGCAAAAACGAUGACCUACUGUUUGAACCUUACAUUUCUCCACAAAAUCUGAGAGAUUUGUCUGGAUCGGAUGAUUUACAGCAAGUCACAAGUCUGGAGAUGUGUGUUGACACGCGGCUGAAUACUUUGGGCAAUUUUGGUGUGUACUUGCCCAAUCUUGUGCAGCUGAAAAUGAAUAACAGUUUGAUCUUAUCUGUGCGGGAUCUUGGAACCACUCUGUCCCACCUCCAAGUGCUCUCGCUGGUUCGAUGUGGCCUGACUGACUUGGACGGAAUCCCAUCUUUCUCCUCACUAAAGGAGUUGUAUGUGGCCUACAACAAAGUGUCAGACCUGAGCCAGAUAAGCAUGCUGGAGCAACUGAAGGUGCUGGACCUCGAGGGGAAUGAUGUGGAUGACCUGGUCCAAGUCCAGUACCUGGGUCUGUGUGGGCAGCUUAGAAGCCUGACCCUAGAUGGAAACCCUGUACGCACAUGCCUCCAUUCAGGAGCAUCACAGGUGCCAGAGUACAACUACAGGUCUGCUGUGAGGAAGUUAAUUCCACAGUUGCAGUUUCUGGAUGAUGCUCCAGCAGAAGAGGAGGAGCAUCACUGCUCCAGCACUAGGAUGGAGGACUGGGCUUUGCUUAAGGAGUCCAUUACAGACAUUGCUCCCAUUACAGACACUGUCGAUGACUGUGUAGAACUCCUAGGUGACUCAAAAAAGCAGAGAUGCACAAGUGCAUGUGACUUGGCCCGACCUGGUUCUGCCCAGCGCCCAAGCACCAGCAUUUGUUUUGGUAGUUUCUCUAGUCGUCCUAGCACAGCCAGGCCUUCCUCGUCUGGAGCUAGCUCUAGACCCAGCUCAUCUGGUUCCGAUGCAGACACUCUGGACCACCAGACCAGCGAUCUUACACAUGGUGUUGGGAAGGUUCUCUUCUGUGGCAAUCCUCUGCAAGUUAUUCGAGCUAGGCGACAGAAGAAUAAUACAGGAGUGUCACAGCCACAGGGUCCCAGCUCUCAUUCUCGGCCAUGUACUCAGCUGGGCAGCUAUGUUCCUGAGCACACGUACAAUAUUGAAGUGUCAAGCAGUCAGGACAGAACUGAUAUAUUUGCUGAACUCAUAGCCUGGAGGAAAGAACACAGCAAACGUCUUCUGGCCAUUGAGCGUGAACGUCAGCCACAAGUGAUGAGAAUCAUGCACAGUGAUGAUGAUAACGAUGAUGAUGAUGCUAAAAACAGCGGUAAUGAUUGUGAUGAAGGAGCCUGUAGUCUAAGCCUUAUCAGUGACCGAGAAGAGGAAGAGGAAAGAGAUGGAGAAACCGCUUUAUGUCGCAGAGAUACAGAGUCUCCCGAUUCCUUAUUACACUGUCCUUCACCAGAUGUGUCCAGGCUGUCUUUAUCAGACCACACUAUGUCUCCUUCUCCACCACCCAAAGCUGAUGUGCCCUCCACUGGCAGGAGGAUAGCAGAGAUCCGAGCCCGUAGACUUAGAGUCAGUAGCUCAGUGGUUGGUCUACAAGGGCCUGUGGAGGAAAUCCUUGUAUCGGAUCCAACAGCAUCAAGAAUGAAUAUUCAGCCUGCUCCGCCUCAAACAUUUCAUAAGCCUCAUCGACCAGACUCCAGCCCUGUGAUCCGAUCGCCUAGAGAACCCAGUUUAGGAAACAGUUUAGCCAUCGGCCAGCACCAGCCAAUCAUUUGCUCUUCGAUUUCUGAGAGACUGAAUCCCACACGUCCUCGUACAGCGAGAGCUGCUCUACAGAGACUAGCUGUCCUCCCUGACAGAGGAAGUUCUCAACUAAAAUGAGAACGUUUGCUCCUGAGACACUAUGGACUAUGUGUAUAUGUGGUAUAUGAAGGUCAUUUUAUUUUAAAUGUAAUAAUGUUCAGGUAAAAGAUACUGCUGUAUCUGUAUAAAAUGAUGACAUUUAAGUCAUUCUUGAAGCAAUUCCUCAGGAAGAGUUUUAAAAUAAAGAUAAUUUAUGGUGAA